UUGUUUUGGUUAUGCCAACAGGGUGUCCACCCAAACAUCAAAGGAGAAGUAUGGGAGUUUUUGUUGGGGUGUUAUGACCCUAAAAGCACUACCAAACAGAGAAACCAGUUGCGACAGCAGAGAAGGUUAGGAUAUGAGAAACUGAAAACAAAGUGCCGAGAAGUGGGCACGACAGUUGGUAGUGGAAGGGUAAUUACUAUGCCUGUCAUAACUGAAGAUGGCCAGCCUAUUGAGGAUCCUAACUCAAAUGGAGAACAACAAACCAAUAAUGGACCGCUCCCAAAAGAAGUUAUUCAAUGGAAACUUCUUCUGCACCAAAUUGGUCUCGAAAAUCAAACUGACCGUACACUAACUUAUUACGAGAGCCAGGAGAACUUGGCACGGGACAUUCUUACAGUGUACGCAUGGGUGGACACUGGCAUCGGUUACUGUCAGGGAAUGAGUGAUCUUUGUUCACCAAUAUCAAUCAUUUUGGAACAUGAAGCGGAUGCUUUUUGGUGCUUUAAACGUCUGAUGCGCAGAGUGGCUCCGAUGCAGCUCUCCCACUGGCCGUGCCUCGUGCUGAACGUCCCUCCACCGAGGCCAUGUGCAAACUGCACCACGGCUCUCCGCACGCAGGUGUCCCACGCCUGGGCUAUCCCCUUGAUUGACCUGGGCUCCGGGAGUUGGCUGAGGGCGCGUCGGAACUCCACGUCCAGCACGCCAGCUGCAAUCCCCUUCCUGUGUUCGCCGUCGUCUCCGAGAAGCACCGGAGAGCUUCGUGGGUAAUCCGCGGGGACGAGCAGCUUUGUCGUCAUCUCAGAGGGGUCGAUAACCGCCCUGAGGUCUGGUGUAAGCGACACUGGGACGUAGCAGAGCUCGAUCACCACCGCCCCGUCCGCUCCUCCUGUGUCGCCGUCGGUGAUUCUGAUCUCGGUCUCCACUAGCAUGCUGUAUGCAGCUGUGAUCUCGUUGCGCAGAGAGUGCAUUUUUCGCCUCUUGUUGCAGCUUUCCCCGCUGGAUUCAUCAAACCACGCGCAGCUGCCAGACAUUGUGCGGCGGAAGGCCCGCUUCAAGUUCACUCCCAUAUCUUGGGCUAGGCUGCGAAGCGCUGCCGGCGACAAAGGCCUAUUGGUUUGCUGCUGAGCCGGUGGAGGUUCAACAUGAUUAGCGUUCUGUGUCAGCUGUGGAAUUGCUUCAUAUGCUGGAUGAUGCUCUUCCUCUUUUUCCUGGCUACAUGUUCCAGUUCCAUCGGUCAAUGGUGGCGUACUGCUGCCGGUAAGAUUGGUGGCUACCGGUGCUUCAGCUUCACGGCACACCUCGUGGUCCACUGUUUCUUCACCUGCCAAGUGGUGGCUAUUCUCUUGCUGCUGUAUCAGUGGACUUCUAGCUGGAACGUUUUCUGAAGACUGCGAAAAUGAUGUCUCUGCUGCAGGUUGCUCUUGAUGUUUCUGCGAAAACGGGUCGCGGCAGUUCUGCAACUGCAACUGACGUCCAGUGUUCUUCCCUGCAUUACGUAAUUUAAUUUCCCUGCACCAACGCACGAUACCAUAUACGAAUGUCUGGCGCAUGUCAAACUGAUCCCUCAUGGCCUCAGGUAAUGACUCGAGCUGAGAGGCGCGUGCUCGUAAUGCUCGCUGAAAUUCCACGAGUUCCGAGAAGUGAGCGUGCUUGAGGGAUGUGAUCCUCUGGAACAUGUCUUCCCUCCAGUCCACUUCGAGUGGAUGGUGCCCAAAUUGUUGGUUGUUACGUUCUCCAGAAGGCCUGAUCUGCAAAGGGCCGACAUUGGACUGCUGUCCUCCGUGAGCUUGGUAACUUUGACAUUGGUAGACCCUCAAAUCUUGCUGAUCCAUCCUUGCCGACUUCCUCUGCGGUUGCUGUGCACGCAUGCCGCUCGAGUUAUGCCUGGCCAUGGAUUGGGUCUGAAUCUGAGUUACCGCCGUUGGAUGACAAGGGUGGAGCUGGACAGUGGGUGCCAUUGGGUUGAUCCCCAGGUUUUGCACUUGAUUUGUAUGAGGAAGCCAAUUUGUUGAUGUUGUCCGUGACACUGCAGCGGCGGAAGAAUUAGCUAGAACUGCAUUGUGUGCCUGAUAGUUGAGUGCAGCCUGCGCAACAGGCUGCCGUGUACACAUGCCACUGGAGUUGUGCAUGGACAGGGGCUGAGUCUGCAUCUGAGCUGCCGCGGUCGGAUGACAAGGGCGGGGCUGGGCAACAGGUGCCAUUGUGGGUUGCUGUGAUGGUUUACGAGUGAUCUGCAUGUUUUGCGCCUGAGGUGGCCUUACAGGGAGACCGGACGUUGAUGGCGACGCUUGCGGCGGCGGCACUGCAGCGGCGGCCGGAACUGCAUUGCGAGGCUGCAUUUGGCCUCCCAUGUGAGCCUGAUGGUCUGGAGCAGCAGCCUGCGCAACCGGCUGCCAUUUGCUCUGAAGAGUCAUCAUCUUGAUGCUGAUUGUCCUGAGGUAAUCCUGCACGUUGUCGGAGUCGUCGAACACCUUGGCCUCGUACCGGGAAGCGACGGCGUGGAGCUGGUCCAGCUGAUUCCCUUGGACUUGGAACUGGCACAAAUUAUUUGUUCUGAAGUGAACCAACAGGCCAGACAGGGAGGAAAAUAGUUAGAUGGAUUUGAUUAGUGAAGAGAUCACAGCAGAAAACCAGGUCGUCGACUAAUAUCUUGGAGAAGAAGAGCGAUUGGGAGGGAGAUGACAUGGAUGAAAAGCAUGAGCAUACGUACAUCUUCUGGACCACUUUGGCGCGGAGGUUUGGAGGGGCCGCCGCUAGCCACCGUCCGCCAUCGCCACCGCCGGCGGGAUAGGCUUGUUGGCCGCCUUCCGCCAUGGAGACGAGCGGACGCAGCAGGGAAACGAGUUGCAGGGAAGGAAGGAAAGCAGCGUGGAGUUGUGAUUUAUGGGCGCCGCACCGCGAUAGAGCCCAAAGCCGAGUCGGAACAAUCCAGGUACAGCUCGGAUGUCAGCGUCCCUCAUACUGAGUGCUCCUCUUUUUUUUUAGGUCUGUGGUAACUUUUUUUUAGGGUAACUCAGUGCUACUCUUUUGCGCCC